UUACUCAAAGCGUUACCGUUAUUGAUCAGAACCCAAACAUGCAGAAGAAAGGUGAAAAUUCUCGUGUGCGACACUUUUCGAGUUUCGAUCCGAUUAAGAUUUUCCAAAUCCAAGACAGAAAGAGUUGGUGGGACCCACCUUCUUCCAAAUAUACUAACAGUCACAAAUAUACAAAGAAGUGAAACAAAACAAACGAACACUCCGAACAGAAGAAACACUAUCAUUACCAUGAUAUUUGUGUUUGUUCUGUGGCUCUUUCUCUUUCUCUCUCCUCUCUCUCUCUCUCUAACCCAAGACGGCCUUUUCCUCCUUGAAGCCCGGCGCCGCCUCUCCGACCCGGAAAACGCCCUCUCCUCGUGGGACGCCUCCGCCGCCACCCCAUGUCGGUGGCGCGGAGUCUCCUGCCACCCUCUCACCGCCGCCGUCGCCGCCGUCAACCUCUCAAACCUCGGCCUCUCCGGCCCCUUCCCCGCCGUGCUCUGCCGCCUCCCCUCCCUCUCCGCCCUCACUCUCUCCUUCAACCUCAUCAACUCCACCCUCGCCGACGCCGCCGCAUGCAGCCGCCUCCGCCACCUCGACCUCUCCCAAAACAACCUCGUCGGCCCCAUUCCGCCGUCCCUCGCCGCCAUCACCCCCCUCCGCCACAUCGACCUCUCCGGCAACAACCUCACCGGCGACAUUCCGGCGAGCCUUGGAGAACUCCCUCACCUCGAAUCCCUCUUCAUUGUGAGCAACCUUCUCAGCGGAACCAUCCCCUCCUCUCUCGGAAACCUCGCUUCGCUUAAACACCUUCAACUCGCUUAUAACCCUUUCUCGCCUAGUCGAAUACCGAGUCAACUCGGCAACCUCACCGAACUCGAAACGCUCUUUCUCGCUGGCUGCAACCUUGUGGGACCCAUUCCUGAGUCUCUCAGUAACCUCGUUGGCUUAACGAACCUCGACUUGUCGCAGAAUAGCCUCACCGGUUUCGUUCCACGGUGGCUCACGCGCCUCAAGCGCGUGAACCAAAUCGAGCUUUAUAAAAACAACCUCUCUGGGGACUUGCCCGAAGGAAUGUCGAACAUGACGAGUUUGAAAUUCUUCGACGCGUCGAGUAACGAGUUGACUGGGACGAUUCCCGCCGAGUUGUGCGAGUUGCCACUCGCGUCGUUGAACUUAUAUGAGAACAAACUCGAAGGCUCUUUGCCGAGGGUUAUUGCGCGUUCUCCCAAUCUUUAUGAACUCAAAUUGUUUAGCAACAAACUCGUUGGGACGUUGCCGAGUGAUUUGGGGAGUAACUCGCCGUUGAACCACAUCGAUGUUUCGUUUAACUCGUUUUCCGGGGAGAUUCCGGCGAACCUCUGUCGGCGGGGGGAGUUUGAGGAGCUGCUCCUGAUAUACAAUUCGUUUUCCGGGGAAAUUCCGGCGAGUCUCGGGGGUUGCAAGAGUUUGAAGAGGGUUCGGUUGAGGAACAAUAACCUCUCUGGAAGUGUUCCUGAUGGGUUCUGGGGUUUGCCCCAUUUGUAUUUGCUUGAGCUUUUGGAUAAUUCUCUUUCUGGGCACAUUUCCAAGGCUAUUUCUGGUGCUUACAAUUUGUCAAAUUUGUUGCUUUCGAAUAACCGGUUUUCUGGGUCGAUUCCUAAGGAAAUUGGGUUGUUGGAUAGCCUUGUGGAGUUUGCUGCUAGUAAUAAUAAUUUUUCGGGUUGGAUUCCGGGGAGUAUGAAGAAGUUGAGCCAGUUGGUUAAUGUUGAUCUUAGUUAUAAUCAGCUUUCUGGAGAGCUUUUUGGUGGAAUUGGUGAAUGGAGUAAGGUCACUGACAUUAAUCUGUCAAAUAAUAGGUUAAAUGGAAGUGUUCCAAGUGAAUUAGGAAGCUUGCCUUUGCUUAAUUAUCUUGAUCUUUCUUGGAACAAUUUCUCUGGGGAGAUUCCGUUGCAUUUGCAGAAUUUGAAGCUUUCUGAGUUGAAUUUGUCUUACAACCAGCUUUCUGGGGAUAUUCCUCCCCUUUAUGCCAAUGACAAGUAUAAGACGAGUUUUAUAGGGAAUCCUGGCCUCUGUGGUCAUCUUUUUGGGCUUUCUGAUUGUUCUGGUAAGAGUAGGAAUUGGAGGUAUAAGUGGAUUUUGGGGUCCAUGUUUGUGUUUGCUGGAGUUGUGUUCAUUAUCGGGGUGGCAUGGUUUUACUUUAGGUUCAAGAAGGUGAAGAAACCGAAGAAAAGGUUCAGCACUUCGAGGUGGAAGUCGUUUCACAAGCUUGGGUUUAGUGAGUUUGAGGUUGGUAAAUUACUGAGUGAGGACAAUGUGAUAGGAAGUGGAGCAUCUGGGAAGGUGUAUAAGGUGGUGUUGAGCAAUGGUGAGGUGGUGGCUGUGAAGAAAUUGUGUGGAGCACCUAGGAAUGUUGAUGAAAGAGUUGGUUCGGGGAAAGAUGAAUUUGAUGCAGAAGUUGAGACGCUGGGGAGGAUUAGGCACAAGAAUAUUGUGAGGUUGUGGUGUUGCUGCAACAGUGGGGAUCACAGGCUUUUGGUAUAUGAAUACAUGCCAAAUGGGAGCUUGGCUAAUUUGUUAAAGGAUAGAAAGAAGAGCUUGUUGGAUUGGCCAACCAGGCAUAAAAUUGCUCUUGAUGCUGCUGAGGGGCUUUCUUAUUUGCACCAUGACUGUGUCCCUCCCAUUGUUCAUAGAGAUGUCAAAUCCAACAACAUUUUGGUGGAUGGGGAGUUUGUGGCAAAAGUUGCAGAUUUUGGAGUUGCCAAAAUGGUUACUGGACUCAGCCAAGGGACACAAACAAUGUCUGGGAUUGCAGGAUCUUAUGGCUACAUUGCACCAGAAUACGCUUAUACUCUGAGGGUUAAUGAGAAGUGUGAUAUAUAUAGCUUUGGCGUGGUCAUUUUGGAGUUGGUAACUGGAAGACCCCCUAUUGACCCAGAAGAGUAUGGUGAGAAUGAUUUGGUGAAAUGGGUUUCCUCUGCAUUGGAACAUGAAGGACUGGAUCAUGUGAUUGAUCCUACAUUGGACUCCAAAUACAGGGAAGAAAUCAACAAGGUAUUGAGUAUAGGGCUUCAUUGUACCACUUUCGUUCCAACAGCUCGCCCUACAAUGAGAAAAGUGGUUAAAAUGCUUCAGGAAGCAACUUCAGUUACCAAAUGUAAGGGUGAAAUACCAUGUUACAAUGAAGGCCCGUCUCAUAGUAUCAGUGAAGUGUAGUUAAUAGUUAAAUUGAACAAUGUGCUCAGAAAUGCUCAACUUUUUCUAUUGCGUAGUGAGAAGGGUGAAACAUUGAAGAUAUCAACAACUUAGUAUCAUAAUACAUAGUAUAGGAGACUGACUAGAAUCGCUUUUGUUUCGGGGGAUAGUACUUAGAUUUUGCAGCAAUUGUAAGAAAUCCUUGGGGGAGCUAAAAGGUUGUGUUAUAUACAUUACAUAGAGUAGUAACAUGCCAAAUUAUUGA